AUGAGAUCUUCAGUUGAAUACCAUAAACAAGAAGGUGUACCAGAGCGGUUCACAAUUGGCGUUGAAGAAAUACUCUUUUAUCAUAAGAAAAUGGUUCUGGACACAUUCUUAUUUUUAGCUGAAAAGGUUAUCAAUGACCGUUUGGCAAACAAUGGAAAAUUAGUUGGUAAAACUAGAAGUCUUCCAAUCGCAACAAUUGAAUACGAUCUAUUAAUUACACACUUCAACCGUUUUAAAGAUGGUACCAAUAUGAAAAUUAAAAAUUGCAUUGUUGAUCAACAUGCUGGAAGUGAAGUAGUUAAAGUUCCAAUUACCAAGAUUAAAUUCAGUAGGUACGAAGUUAAGAACUUGAUAAAAACAGAGAAAUACGUUCUACCUCCUUUGAAAACAAAUAGCUGGCAUAACCUUGUCUUUCAUAGAGUUUCCUUUGGACCAGAAAAAGAAGAAAUUUGUUCCCGAGUUGAUUCUGUAACUUUUAUAUUCAAUCAUUAUAGUCUGAUGGCCUCAACACAAUUUGAUUUCCGAAAUUGGAAAAUUGCAAGUGCUAUCACUCGUGGUGAACCUUCCAUCGAUCAAUCAAGAAAGAGAUCAUAUCAAGAGUCAAAUGAAAUAUUUGUUUUUUUAGAAGAGCAAUCAAAAGAUAAAGAUAGAAUACCUAUCAUAAUUGAAGAUAUUGAUUUCGAUGAUUUAAACUCAUUGAUAAAAUUUAAUAGAGUUUAUCAUCUUUAUUAUCAAUGUUUGGAGAAUAGAGAUGAUAAAACGAGAUCACAAUGUGUUAGUUUCUUUGUUCAAUAUCACAAAUGGAAGUUUUUACAUAAUAUCGAUGUUGAAGGUUAUACCAAGUUCAUCGUAGAUGUAUUCUUUGAUCCGUCAAUCAACAAAAUGUUACCAUUUAAAUCUUUUUUAAUAUUAAAUCAUUAA